CAGUCAGGCUUUUCGAAUCAUGGACGUCGAACUGUUAAUAGCAGAGGUUUAUGAACGUACACCCAUAUGGCAGUACCGUCACAAGCUGCACCACAACCGUGGAGUGAUCGACAAAGAGUGGGAGCAGAUUUCAAAAGCUCUUAAUACUACAAAGGAAUGUGCUCGAGGAAGAUGGAAAAGCCUCAAAGACCAGUACAGAAAAGAACUUAAAAAAAUGAUGAAAUGUGCUUCAGGUGACAAAGGUGGUGAAUUAAAGGUCUCUACCUGGCCAUACUUUACUUUGUUGCAUUUUCUUAAAGAUGAAGUAACCCCAACCCCAAUGAAAAGCAAUUUGAAAAGCAAUCCAGUGCGUGUUGCUGAUCCUGAAAAUGAAGAUGUAGACAACGUCGAAAUUCCUGAUGAAGAAACCAACUCUGAAAAUGUUGACUCAGUUGAUACUCCAACAGCAGAAGCCGAUGAUGAAAAUACGGACAUACAGACACUUGAGGACAACUUAGGUCCCACCCAGGCAGCCAGUGGUAGUAAAAUAUCAAGUUUUCGUAAAAGGAAAGAAACUACUCAAGAAACUGUCGCUAAAAAAAUGUUGUUGUUGGAAGAGCAAAAGGUUGCUCUUUUGAAAGGUGAACAAAAACAUCAACAUGAAGACUCUGAAGAUUAUCACUUCCUUAUGAGUAUGCUACCACAUUUUCAGUCUAUGUCACCACUACAGAAACUCAAUGUUCGUAAUAAAAUGACUCAAGUGUUAAUCGACGAGGCAACUGUUUCGCGCCCUUCUAGUGCUUCAUGUUCAGGACUUUCCACAUUCAACUACGUUUCAUCCGGAACAAACUUCCCGAACCAACAAUUUUCUUACCAUAACAACCAAUACGAUUAAAUACAAUUAAUGUCACUUAAGUAUUAACUUGGAUUGUUCUCUAUUAAACAAAGUUAUCCAUGUUAUAAAAU